GCCGAGCGGGGCCGAACGGGGCCGAACGGGGCCGAACGGGGCCGAGAUGAACGCGGUGCUGGCCGUCAAGCAGUACGUGUCCAAGAUGAUCGAGGACAGCGGGCCGGGCAUGAAGGUGCUGCUCAUGGACCGGGAGACGACCGGCGUGGUGAGCAUGGUGUACACGCAGUCCGAGAUCCUGCAGAAGGAGGUGUACCUCUUCGAGCGGCUGGACUCCGCCAACAGGGAGCCCAUGAAGCACCUCAAGGCCAUCUGCUUCCUGCGGCCCACCAAGGAGAACGUGGAGUUCCUCAUCCAGGAGCUGCGGAGGCCCAAGUACAGCAUCUACUUCAUCUACUUCAGCAACGUGAUCAGUAAGAGUGAUGUCAAGUCUUUAGCUGAGGCUGACGAACAGGAGGUUGUGGCUGAAGUUCAGGAGUUCUACGGCGAUUACAUUGCAGUGAAUCCACACGUUUUUUCUCUCAACCUCUUGGGCUGCUGCCAGGGUCGCAACUGGGAUCCAGCUCAGCUGUCCAGGACAACUCAAGGGCUGACAGCUCUGCUUUUGUCCCUGAAGAAGUGUCCCAUGAUUCGGUACCAGCUCUCUUCGGAGCCAGCAAAGAGGCUUGCUGAGUGUGUGAAGCAAGUCAUCACCAAAGAGUACGAGCUCUUUGACUUCCGGCGCACUGAGGUCCCUCCUUUGCUUCUCAUUCUGGACCGCUCUGAUGAUGCCAUCACCCCGCUCCUGAACCAGUGGACGUACCAGGCCAUGGUUCAUGAGCUGCUGGGGAUUAACAACAACCGCAUCGACCUCUCCCGCGUGCCGGGGAUAAGCAAAGACCUCCGGGAGGUGGUGCUGUCUGCUGAGAAUGAUGAGUUCUAUGCCAAUAACAUGUACCUGAACUUUGCAGAGAUUGGCAGUAACAUCAAGAACCUCAUGGAGGAUUUCCAGAGGAGGAAACCUAAGGAGCAGCAGAAGUUGGAAUCCAUAGCAGAUAUGAAGGCCUUCGUGGAGAACUACCCUCAGUUCAAGAAGAUGUCGGGCACAGUGUCCAAGCACGUCACCGUGGUGGGGGAGCUCUCACGCCUGGUUGCUGAGCGGAACCUGCUGGAGGUGUCGGAGGUGGAGCAGGAGCUGGCAUGCCAGAAUGACCAUUCCAGUGCUCUCCAGAACGUGCGGCGCCUGCUGCAGAACCCCAAGGUGACGGAGCUGGAUGCUGCCCGCCUGGUGAUGCUCUAUGCCCUGCACUACGAGCGCCACAGCAGCAACAGCCUGCCCGGGCUGAUGACAGAGCUCAGGAACAGGGGGGUGGCUGACAAGUACCGCAAGCUGGUGUCUGCUGUUGUGGAGUAUGGUGGGAAACGGGUCCGGGGCAGUGACCUCUUCAGUCCCAAGGAUGCUGUAGCCAUCACCAAGCAGUUCCUCAAAGGACUGAAGGGGGUUGAGAAUGUGUACACCCAGCACCAGCCUCUCCUGCAGGAGACACUAGAUCAGCUCAUCAAAGGCAAGCUCAAGGACAGCCAGUAUCCCUACCUGGGUCCCAACACUCUCCGUGACAGGCCCCAGGAUAUCAUCGUGUUCAUCAUUGGAGGGGCGACCUACGAGGAGGCGCUGGCUGUCUACAACCUGAACCGCACCAACCCGGGCGUCCGCGUGGUGCUCGGUGGGACCACGAUCCACAACACCAAGAGCUUCCUGGAGGAGGUCACAGCCUCGGGGUUCCGCGGCCGCAGCACCGAGGGCUCGCAAGCAGCACCCAGGUCCAGCAGCAGGCGCUGAGCGCGGGGGCCUCAUCCGGAGCUUCCACAGCCCCAGCACAUGGACUUGGAGCAGGAGCCGGUGUUCCUGCGCUGCCGCCACCGCUG